UACGAAUCGUUAAUGAGAGCCUAAUCGGCAUUGUAACGCAAACGUCGGUAUCGGAAUCGGUACUGGUAUUGGUACUGCUACUGCUACUGUUAUUAGAAGUUCUAAGGUAUCGCGUAGUGUUAUUUCUCCAAGUGGAGCAGCAACCGAGAUUCCCCUACAUAUUUAUGUAAAUAAGUUUAUCUAAGUUUAUCGCGUUCCGUUCCGUUCACGUUCACUUGUCAUAAUUAACAAAUAUUCCGCGCAUUGCGCAAAGUGAAAAUGUGCAAAAGUGUUGGCCAAUACAUACAUAUGAGGAAUUGAAAGCGGCGAAUACGAAAUGAACAAGUGAAUUAAAACAAAGGCGGAUGCUCAGCUUCAUUUAUGUUUGUGCAGUUCGAGUCCCCAUGACAUCGCCAACAAAAGGGAUCCCCCUUCAAUUCACAGUUAACAUCUGCACAGAUUCUUGAGCUUAGUCUGUUUCCCGUGGUGUGGACGCAGCGUGAGCGUGAAGUCAAAAGUCGGCAAACUGCGCUAUUCUCGAAAAAUUUCUGUGUAGGCAUUUUAAAUAAUCAAUUAUGUUUACGUUGCAACCAACACCGACGGCGAUCAGUACUGUAGUGCCCCCAUGGUCUGCGGGAACUCUCAUUGAGCGCCUACCAUCUCUCGAGGAAAUGGCUCACAAGGACAAUGUGAUUGCGAUGAGAAAUCUGCCUUGUUUAAGUACCGCAAGUGGUAGUGGACUAGGCGGAAAAUCUGCUACUGCGAUGGAAGCCGUGGAUGCGACCACAGGGGCGCAACCCCAUUCGACAUCGUCGUAUUUUACCACAACUUACUACCACUUAACUGAUGACGAAUGUCACAGUGGAGUAAACCAGCUGGGCGGUGUUUUUGUUGGUGGACGACCAUUGCCUGAUUCAACGCGCCAGAAAAUUGUUGAGCUCGCGCAUUCCGGAGCUCGGCCAUGUGAUAUUUCUCGGAUUCUACAAGUUUCUAAUGGAUGCGUUAGCAAAAUUCUAGGCAGAUAUUAUGAAACCGGAAGCAUUCGACCACGCGCCAUCGGUGGAUCCAAGCCACGGGUCGCUACGGCUGAAGUCGUUAGCAAAAUUUCGCAAUACAAACGCGAGUGCCCGAGCAUUUUUGCCUGGGAAAUUCGAGAUAGAUUACUGCAGGAGAACGUUUGCACCAACGACAAUAUUCCAAGUGUUUCAUCGAUAAAUCGAGUAUUAAGAAACUUGGCGGCACAAAAGGAGCAACAAAAUUCCGGAACGAGUAAUUCAAGUACAAACACUAGCACCAGCGCCAAUCCUACAGUAAAUGUAAAUGGUACUGCUACCAGUGCGCAGAGCCAGAGUGGAACUAGAACCACACUGAGCUCGGGAGGCGACUUGAUGCAAACAGCCACGCCUUUAAACUCUUCCGAAAGCGGCGGAGCCAGCAAUUCUGGCGAAGGCAGCGAACAGGAGUCUAUUUAUGAGAAGCUCCGUCUCCUCAAUACUCAGCAUGCAGGUGGAUCGUUGGAUCCAGCCAUAGCCAUCUCGUCACCGAACCAUUUUGGAACCAAUCCCCAUUCCAGUCAUACCCAGCUGGUGCACAGCCAACAGCACCAACAGGUAUCGCAGCUUCAACAGGCAAGCUGGCCUCCACGCCAUUAUUCAACUGGAUCCUGGUACACCUCCCCUCUAAACGGCAGUGAAAUACCGAUCCCAGUGUCAUCCGGCUCCAGUAUGACUUCAGUGGCUGUAUAUGCCCCAGGUUCAACGACAUCUCAGCCCUUGAGUCCACCCAAUUUAGCCGGCGGUGGGAACCACAACCACUUGAGCAACUGCCCCAUGACCACUGACGACAUUCUUCUAAAAAAAGAGCUUGACGGACAUCAGUCGGAUGAAACGGGUUCCGGUGAAGGGGAAAACUCCAAUGGCGGCGCCUCCAAUAUUGGAAACAGCGAGGAUGAUCAGGCUCGCCUAAUACUUAAACGGAAACUGCAGCGUAACCGCACUUCCUUUACAAAUGAGCAGAUAGAUAGCCUAGAAAAAGAGUUUGAACGCACACAUUAUCCGGAUGUUUUUGCUAGGGAACGCUUGGCUGGUAAGAUCGGUUUGCCGGAGGCAAGAAUACAGGUUUGGUUUUCAAACCGUCGUGCUAAGUGGCGCCGCGAAGAGAAGUUACGAAAUCAGCGCAGGACACCAAAUUCUACGGGAACAAGUGGAACUUCGUCUUCAACUUCAGCAAAUGCGUCUUUAACCGACAGUCCUAAUAGUCUCGGGGCUUGCUCCUCGUUGCUAUCGGGCAAUUGUCCCUCAGGAAACACAAUCAACGGGUUAGCGUCGCCAAACACGCUGUCUACGCCGGCCGUGGGUGGUGUUGAAAGCACUGACAGUCCCACACCAACGCUGCAUCUAAGAUCCGUUGGAAACUCCGACAGUGCUGGUGGGCAACCACAAGAAGAUGGCAGCGACGCUUGUUCGCCUGGCCUAGCGAUCUCCGGGCAACAUAGUACCCAUCAUCACCUUGCACAUGCCCAUGCCCAUGCACAUUCGCAUCCGCAUACGCACACUCACUCGCACGCUCUUCCUGCCAUUUCGCCGCGCCUAAAUUUCAAUAGCGGAAGUUUCAGCAGCUCUAUGAGUGCGAUGUACUCGAAUAUGCACCAUCCCGCAUUGUCGAUGGGAGAUAGUUACGGUUCUAUUACACCAAUGCCAAGCUUCAGCCAUUCAUCGGUGGGACCUCUGGCCCCUCCAUCGCCCUUAUCACAGCAACGCGACCUUACGCCCCCUUCGCUGUAUCCGUGCCACAUGACCCUGCGACCACCACCGAUAGCUGGGCCACAUCAUCACCUAUCUCCGAAUGAUGCUGGAAACAGCGCUAAUGUACAUUCAUCGAAUUUGGGAGCAAGCAACAAUGGAACCGGAUACGAGGUAAUCUCCUCAUAUGGCUUAGCACCACCGCCGCUGCCAUCUGGUGGUGCAGCUGAUGGCAGUUCGUCCGCCACCGCCAAUAUCGCCGUUUCUUCUCAUCAAAUUAUGGAGCCACGUCAGUCCCCUUGCAGUCCACAGCAUUUGGGAGCUUCUAUUCACAGUUCUGGAUUUGCUACCGAGGCAAUUUCGAGCGCUGUUCCUUCAUACGCGCACAUGAGCUAUAACUAUGCGACGGCUGCCAAUAAUGUGCCUCCCUCUGGCGGUGGCAACCCAGUACCUGGUCUCAAUUCACAUGGAGCCAGUGGAAAGCAACAGUUUUUUGCCUCUUGUUUCUAUUCACCUUGGGUCUAG